UCUUUUUCCUGUCAAUUAUUUAUACGGUAUUUUGUGAACGGCGAGCGUGUGAGUUACACGCACGUGACAGCGUUCUCGGCGUCAAUGGCGUACCAGACCAGACAGGAAGCGUUUCCCUCCAGAAAAGGACAAAGAUCUGUUGCAAAUCCAGCACAACCAGCCACAAAAUAGUUGGACUAAUCAACCCACGCCACCCAACUCCUCAGAUAAUUUUAUGCCCAAGUUGACAACUCUUCUCUUCUCUCUCUGUUUCAUUGGCUUCAAAUUUUGGCCUGGGAAAAUGGGUUGCUUCAGCCAUAUCAAAAAACAGAGGAAAAGAUUAUUAGGGAGCAAUUUACAAAACAUUCAACCAGCUUCUUCAGUAAAAGUAAAAGCGGAUUUGAAGGUAAAAACAAGGGAACAAGUAAAAGAAGAGGUUCAUGAAAAUGAGCAGCUGGCGUCAAAUAUAAACAAAGAGGUUUCCAGUGAAGCAAAAAUAGACAGAGAGAUAGAAACAUUUACAUUCCAGGAACUUGUAGCAGCAACAAGAAAUUUCAAGUCGGAUUGCUUUCUGGGUGAAGGAGGAUUUGGUAAAGUUUACAAGGGCCAUUUGAGAAGAAUCAACAAGCUUGUAGCUAUAAAGCAACUCGAUCGAAGUGGGGAUCAAGGGGUAAGAGAAUUCUUGGUGGAAGUGGUGACAUUAAGUUUGGCGAAUCACCCAAAUCUUGUAAAAUUGAUCGGCUAUUGCGCUGAGGGCCAUCAAAGACUGUUGGUUUACGAGUUCAUGCCAUUAGGAUCUUUGGACAAACAUUUGCACGAUGUUCCAGCAGGGAAAAGAGUGCUUGAUUGGAAUACAAGAAUGAAGAUAGCAGUGGGGGCAGCAAGAGGAUUGGAAUAUUUACACAACAAAAUGAGGCCAGCAGUUAUAUAUAGAGAUUUAAAAAGCUCCAAUAUUUUACUGGGUGAAGGAUAUUGGCCAAAGCUCUCAGAUUUUGGUCUAGCAAAAGUUGGUCCUAGUGGAGAUAACACUCAUGUUUCUACUAGAGUUAUGGGAACUUAUGGAUAUUGUGCACCAGAUUAUGCAAUGACAGGCCAAUUGACAUUCAAAUCUGAUAUCUAUAGCUUUGGAGUUGUUCUAUUGGAACUCAUCUCUGGAAGAAAAGUCAUUGACCAUACAAGGCCAUCAAAGGAGCUCAGUUUGGUAGCAUGGGCAAGACCAUUGUUCCGAGAUCGAAAGAGGUUCUUGGUAAUGGCGGACCCAAGGCUGGACGGUCAAUAUCCUAUUAGAGGAUUGUAUCAAGCUCUUGCCGUCGCAGCAAUGUGUCUUCAAGAACAACCUACAAUGAGACCAGUAAUAUCAGAAGUCGUCACUGCUUUGAAUUUUCUUGCUUCUCAAACUUAUACUCAAAGGAGGGAUUAGUUUAACAUCACAAAAUACUCAAUUUUAAUAUAUUGAUAAUGUAUAUCUGAAUAUGAAUUAUUGGUCUAUAUUUCCACAAGAAGUAUGGAUUACUUUUAUUAUGUGAUGAUUAUAGGAUUGGUAUUGGGAUAGGAAUAUUUAUAGAAUCAGGUUCGAGUUAUGUAAGAACAUGUAUACAGUUUCAUUUGGUAUCGGUUUUGUUUUUCGUUAUUUAUAGAGCUUUUAUUUCUUUUUAAUAAAAUCGA